AUGCAUAUCCUUGGUCUUUGCAAUGGCUCUCUUCAUGGGAAUUCUGAGAUCCUACUCAAAGCAGCCCUGAAAGCGGCUACAGCCACCGACUCGUCAAUCACUGUGUCUUGGAUUCACGUACCCGCCGUUGUACUACCGAGACAGCACCUACCCUUCAGAGAUGAUCCAUCUAUGAUACCGUAUCGAGACGAUGGAAAAGAAUACGAAUCCAGGAAGAGAGAGACUGAUGACCGCGAGGCUGUGUUUGAAGCCAUCAUGGAUGCCGACGCCAUUAUUAUUGCAAGCCCGGUAUACAGCCAUCAGCCCGCCGGAACCCUGAAAGCUCUUGCUGAUGCCAUCCUUGGACCUUACGCUGAUGUGUCCAUGGCCUAUGACCUCAGACGUCGACAGCAAGAGGGUGAUGAGUCUGUGAAAGACGUCAAAGUUGAUCCGCGAGACUUCAAGCCUCGUGUAGCUGGCUUUAUUGCCGUUUCUGGGUCUAACCCUACAUUCCCGGAGCAGUGGACAAUGGCUCUACCGACAUUGCAGACGUGUAUAUACCCUAUUCACUCCCGCGUGGUUGAUCAGGUUGUACUCUCGGGGUAUGCAAGCCCAGGAUCUGUGUUGGCGGAUUCCGGAGCUGCUCUCGCACGUGCUGAACUGCUGGGCCGUCGCGUGGCUAGCCAGAUGGGAAAGCCAUACGACGAGGCACAGUAUCUAGGGCCCGAGGAGAGCGGGAGCUGUCCUUACUGCCAUCUGCUCAAGAUUGAGUUUCGUGAAGGAAACAAGGUUGUUUGUAUCACAUGCGGCGCAAAUGGUGUUCUGGAACUAGGACCUGGGGGGGAUGUUCGACCGAGAUGGGAAGAGGACUCGACUGUUAGUUGUCUGACGCUUAAAGGUAAAAUACAGCACAGACACGAUAUUCGAGAUAAAAUGGCCUUGGAGCAACCAAAGCUGGCGUCUGUUUCUCCUGCUUUUGCCAAGUGGAAGAGUUUGGAAUUUCCCUUGGCUCCUCUGCCUAGCUUACGGGAGAAGAUCUCAGGCCGUCUAUGA